AUAUUUUCAUGACGUAAACGACAAGGUGCCCGUUCUACAUCACCUUCUAGUAAAAUGGCUACUUGGUUGGGUGGUCUAGGGAUAUCUACAAUCAAGAAGGCGCUAUGGUGUAAGGCUCCUGUUCCCACUUUGCCCUUGUGCAGUCGCCAACUUGCAUGUCUUGCAGACUCCUUUGAUGCAAGUUCUCGCUAUAAAGACCAGCCUUGGGAAUAUAUGAAUAGUGAAGAAUAUUUACAGCAGUAUGGUCAAAAAUCUGUAUGGGCCGAUUACAGACGAAACCAUAAAGGGCCUAUUCCACCACAAAAAACCCGUAAAACCUGUGUCAGAGGAGGAAAGACUUGUGGAAAUCCGUGCCCAAUCUGUCGGGACCAGAAACUUGGAUUGAAUUAUAGGAAUGUGAAAUUACUUCAACAGUUUAUAUGUCCCCAUACAGGAACAGUGUAUGAUCCAACAAAGACAGGUGUGUGUAUGAAACAGCAGAAGGCCUUGGUGAAAGCUAUUACAGAGGCAACAGAUCAUGGACUUCUUCCUGCUCAUGUUCCCUAUAUAGUUCUGCCUCACGAAGACUACUUAAAUAUACAUGGUGCAGUUUCUAACACACCUUCACCUAAAGCAGGACCUUGGUACACCUGGUAUGAGUGGCAGGAGCCAAACCCCAAAGAAGUAGCAAGGUUGCAGAAGCUUUAUAAACCAUACCUGAAAGAGAUGAUGGCCAAUAAAUGAAUGCACUUAGUUAUAUUCAUACUCUGGCAGUUCUUUGUCACAGACAUUAUCCUGAAAUCUGACCCUCGAUGGAAGUUGCAACUUUUUUGAACAGAGGUUUUUUGUAAUAAACCUUCAUGCUUUAGAAA